AUGGAGGCAAUUAAAGAAAAUAUACAAGAUAUUGUACCUAAUCCCACAAGUCUUCGGGAAUUAUCAUUAAAAUAUAAGGAUAGGUUGUUAACAAAUAUUAAUGUUGAUUAUUUUAUUUUAGCUUUGGGUGUAACGUUAAGUGCUAUAACGUCUGUUAUGUUUUACAAUUAUAUUACUUUGAAACGAAAGAACUCAAUUAAAGAUAAAACUUCAAAGGAAGCUAUUGAAUCGAAGGAAGAUGGAACAAAGGAAGUAGCAAAGGAUGAAGCAAAGGAUGGAGCAAAGGAUAAAGCAGAGGAUGAAGCAGAGGAUGAAGCAAGAGAAAAGGAAAAAGGGAUAGAGAAAACAGAUAAAUGGAAAAAGGAAGAAUGGUUUAAAUGGUUGAAGCAGUUGGAGGAGGACUGGAAAAUUUUUUUUUCAAAGAUAGAACACGAAAAAAAUAUAUGGCUUAAAGAAAAAGAAGAGGAUUGGAAACAGUGGUUAAUAUUGUUAGAUAAUAAAUGGAUGCAUUAUAAUCCAAAUAUGGAAAAAGAAUUUAAUACCAAUGUUUUACAAAAAUCUGCAAAUUGGACAGAGGCUCACUGGAAAAAAUGGAUGUUAACAGAAGGAAUAUUAUAUAUUGACUUAGAAUGGAAAAAAUGGAUUUAUGAAAAGCAUGCUCAGUUAGAUCAACAAAUUGUAAAACAGUGGAUCAAAUGGAAAAAAGAUAAAAUUGUUUCAUGGUUAACAACUGAUUGGAAACGUGAUGAACAAGAACAUUGGGAUGAAUUUGAAAAUAAAAAGUGGACCAAAUGGUUUUGUUUAUCAGAAAUGAAGAAUUUAGAUGAAUUUAAAGAAAGAAUUAAUAAGGAAUGGGAAGAUUGGUUUUCUUGGGUGAAGGUUAAAGAUAAUAUAUUCAUUAAUUUCAUAUUAAAUGAUUGGUUAGACUGGAAAGACGAUAAUUACGCGAUGUUUAGUGAAUGGAUGGAAUUGUUUGUUAAAAAAUGGAUAAAUGAAAAGCAGUGGACUGUAUGGGAACAAGAGAAAGGAAAUGCACAAAUUCAGAAAGAAAGUCCAUGUUCUUUAGUAAAUAAUGAACAAUCAAGUUAA